GCAUUUCAUAAAGUCUAGCCACCGCGCAUGCGCAAUGUAUAGCAAGAAUUUAGCAAGUUCCCUUAUCAGCUGAGCCAAUCUUAUCGUGCCAUAAAAGUUAUAGCUACACGAAUACGUCUGGUUGCUUGUUUGUAUACUGCUGUGACAAUUUUAAGUUAGUUGUGUUGCAAAGCCGCAUGCGAACGCACAUACGCGCUUAUUCUCAUUGAUUGUUUCUUUAGUCAGCACACUAUCAGGAUCAGGAUGACAUCAACACUUUUGCCGGGCAAUAUAGUGUAUGGCGGCGAUAUAGCCUCCAGUGAAGCACAAAACUACAGAUCCUUAGGUCAAUUCAUACUGGAUAAGUACAAGAGCUUCGGCGACCAAACGACUAUGAUUGACGCCGUUACUGGCACGGAGUACACAGCCAAAUUUAUGUACGAUUCUAUUGUGCGCCUAGCACAGAUACUCCAAAAGUUGGGCGUGAAGCAAAAUGAUGUCAUUGGAUUGUCUAGCGAGAAUAGUGUAUCAUUUGCGGUGGCUAUGUUUGCCGGCUUUGCUGUGGGUGCAACUGUAGCGCCUUUGAACGUUACUUAUUCUGAUCGGGAAGUGGACCAUGCUAUAAACUUGUCUAAGCCCAAAAUUAUAUUUGCUUCCAAGAUUACUGUCGAUCUUGUGGCCAGGGUGGCUAAGAAGAAUAGCUUUGUCAAAGGAAUUAUUGCACUCAGCGGAACUUCCAGCAAUCAUCCCAAAGUCUAUGGCUUUACAGAGCUGAUGGACAGUGACAAGUUCAAAACAAAACCAGAUUUUCAAUCGCCUGCUGCUAAUAAAAAGGAGGAUGUCUCAUUGAUUGUCUGCUCCUCUGGCACAACCGGCAUGCCCAAAGGUGUGCAACUAACGCAAUACAAUCUACUGGCUACCCUCGACUCGCAAUUACAGCCAACAGCGGUACCGCUUGCGGAAGUAACGCUACUCACAGUUAUUCCCUGGUUUCAUGCAUUUGGCUGCCUGACUCUGAUUACAACGGCCUGUUUGGGUACGCGUCUGGUCUAUCUGCCUAAAUUUGAGGAGAAUCUGUUUCUAUCGGCCAUUGAGAAAUAUCGCGUAAUGAUGGCAUUUAUGGUGCCGCCACUUAUGGUCUUUCUGGCCAAGCAUCCCAUUGUGGACAAGUACGAUUUGUCCUCGUUGAUGGUGUUGCUCUGUGGCGCCGCUCCACUGAGCCGGGAAACGGAGGAUCAAAUUAAAGAACGCAUUGGUGUGCCCUUCAUUCGGCAGGGCUAUGGACUGAGCGAGUCAACGCUCAGCGUACUCGUACAGAACGAUGAAUUCUGCAAGCCUGGCAGCGUGGGUGUGCUGAAGGUGGGCAUCUAUGCCAAGGUCGUGGAUCCCGAUACGGGCAAGCUGCUUGGCGCCAAUCAACGAGGCGAGCUGUGCUUUAAAGGUGAUGGCAUAAUGAAGGGUUAUAUUGGAGACACAAAAUCCACACAGACCGCGAUUAAAGACGGUUGGUUACAUACCGGUGAUAUUGGUUACUUCGAUGAUGAUCUGGAAUUCUUCAUUGUGGACCGCAUUAAGGAGCUGAUUAAGUACAAGGGCUUCCAGGUGCCACCAGCUGAAGUGGAAGCAUUGCUGCUAACUCACGACAAGAUUAAGGAUGCUGCUGUUAUUGGCAAGCCAGACGAAGAGGCUGGAGAGCUCCCAAUGGCAUUUGUGGUGAAGCAGACGAACGUACAGCUUACAGAACAGGAUGUUAUUCAGUUUGUUAAUGAGCGUGCCUCGCCGGCAAAACGUUUGCGUGGCGGUGUCAUCUUUGUGGAGGAAAUACCCAAGAACCCCAGUGGCAAGAUACUGCGUCGUGUUCUGCGCGAUAUGCUUAAGAAGCCCAAGUCCAAGUUGUAGAGGAAUUGAUGAGGCGUUUAGCAAAUUUAAAGCGUGGACUUCGGCAGUCCGCUGGCUUGUCUUAGGAAAAUUCGUUUUGUACAAAUGGGUUCUAUAUGUACGCUUUAUUAUCGCUAAACUUUGUUCUUAUCGAUUCUUCUUUCUGUCUAAUGUUUGUUUUAUAAACUACCAAUUGUUUGGAAUUACUUUUAUGUACUUGGCUUUUUCAAAGUAUUGUAUUUAAACCUAAAUAAAACCUAAUUAAAUACGUA